AUGCCAAUGAAAGUGGAGAUAAAGAUUAAUCCAUCAAAUAAUGCAUUCACUGAUUGGAUGGACAAAUUUGAUACGUUAUGUCCCAUAGGAAAGGGAUCCUUUGGUGAGGUGUGGAAAGUAAAGCAUAAAUCUGAUGUCCAAAAGGAUGAGUCGGAUUCAAAGGAAAAUCGUGGGUCGAUAGCGAGACAUAUUAUAUUCUUUUGGAGUUGGGUUCAGACAGUCUACAGAAUAUUCUUACUCUUAAACCACAACUAUUUGGUCGACAACCGGAAGAACCCAUGA